GACCCCCCUGGAAUGCAGAUCGUUAAACCGGGACUCGUACAGGGGCUUCCAAUCCGUUCUCGUGCACGCCCAUGGACGCAGAAGACUACUGGGGUGAGAAACGCUGGGUGAACUAUUAGAUGGAAUGACAUCGUCAAAUGAUGGUCGCAAGUCGGGUGCAGUGCUAUUGAUGCGUACGUCCGACAGUAGUUAGACGGCAGACGACGGGUUGGGACGGUCGGAGACCGGGUCGUAUCAAUGAACCACUCGCAGAAAAGGAGCGCUGGAAUCCCAUUGUCGCCAUGGGCCAAGAAUAGCCGGCAAUGCUAAGGACCAAGCUCGGUAUUACUGGCAGCGUGGCGGAUGAGACGCUCGCCCGCGACCGUGCUCGCCGACGCAGCAACCGCUCGUUCUCCCAAGCCCAUCCUUCCCUCCCUCCCACUCCCUCACUCACACCGUUCCCGUUCCUCUCCUCCUCGCGUCCCCGCUUCUGCCUCGCCACAUCGCGUCGAUCUCCCUUUGUGCCCCUUGCACCCCAUGGCUACCCCCAUCCGCAAGAAACGCAACUUCAAAGCCCUCCAGCUCGAUGUCGCGCAACCCCCUCCGGAGCCCCAGCCCCAGCCCCAGCCCGUCCCCACGCGCCUGGCACCCGCAGCGGGGGGCAAGAAGCGCCCUCCUCCCAUGGCCCUCAAAUCUUCCACCAAGAACGACUCCUCCACCGCCCACGGCGCCGACGACAAUGGCCUACUCUCCGUCACGAACGGCCCCACAUCGGCCCCCGCAUCGGCCCAACGCACGACUUAUCACACCACCCUCUCCAACACGCUCGCCAACCUCGACAUGAACGCGGAAACAAAGUACGAUCUGCGCGAUGAGGACCUGAAGGAUCUGAAGGAGCUCGGCCAGGGCAACGGCGGCAGCGUGAAGAAGGUUGAGCACGUCCCCACACAUACCAUCAUGGCGAAGAAGAUUGUGCUCAUCGACGCUAAGCCGUCUGUGCGGAAGCAAAUCCUGCGCGAGCUGCAGAUCAUGCACGACUGUCACUCCGAGUACAUCAUCUCCUUCUACGGCGCGUUCCUCUCCGACCCCAACAUCUGCAUCUGCAUGGAGUUCAUGGACAAGGGUUCGCUUGACGGCAUAUACAAACAAAUUGGCGCCAUCGACGUCGAGGUGGUCGCCAAGGUCGCUCUCGCCGUGCUCGAGGGCCUCACGUACCUGUACGAUGUGCACCGUAUCAUCCAUCGUGAUAUCAAGCCGUCGAAUAUACUGUUCAACUCGAAAGGUCAGAUCAAGAUCUGUGACUUUGGUGUGUCUGGCGAGCUCAUCAACUCGAUCGCGGACACAUUCGUGGGGACAUCGACGUACAUGAGUCCGGAGCGGAUACAGGGCGCGCAGUACACCGUCAAGUCGGACGUGUGGUCGCUCGGGAUCUCACUGAUCGAGCUCGCGCUCGGGCGAUUCCCGUUCUCCGACUCGUCCUCGGAUGACGAUUCUGACCUGUCCGACUUUGAAGGCACGCUCUCACCCUCACGGCCCAUGUCGCUCGGGCUGCCCCCGCCGCGCGGCAAGUCCAAGCCGAUGCGCAAGGGGCUCGACAGCAAAGAGGCAAAGCGGAACAAGCGGAAGAGCAAGGGCGUGAGCUUGCAGGGCGGCGGGAUGACGAUGAGCAUCCUCGAGCUGCUGCAGCACAUCGUCAAUGAGCCGGCGCCGAAGCUGACCCCCGAGGGCCGCUUCCCGAAGGUGGCGGAGGCGUUCGUCGACGGGUGUCUGUUGAAGGACCCGGACAUGCGGCAGACGCCGAAGGAUCUGCUGCAACAUGAGUGGAUAGUGAGCGCCAAGAUGUCGACAUUCGACCUCGAAGCGUGGGCGAGCACGUUUUGAGCCGUGUUGACUGCCUCCAGUCUGACCAAGCCCCCUACAACCCAAGGGGAGUUCGAUCGUCGCUUCUGAUACCCUCUGCCUCAGGCGCGCGGGCGCUCGCGCACGGACAUAUCUCCAUCACCUCAUGCACAAGUCAUUUCCACGCACAUACACAUCUAAAACUGUUGACAGUGAGCCCCUGCCCUGCCCCGCCAUCUUUUACUAUCCCACCUUCCCACCUGUGUGCCGUCUUAGGCCUCGACCUGCUCCGACCCGACCCGACCUCCCUCGACUGGUUGUUCUGUCUCGAUUUUUGGUUGUCUCUGCCGUGCGCCUCGGGCUGGGCUGGGGGCGAAAUGAUAUGAAAGCGCGAUAUAACGAACGAAUUUCUGAUGAUCACGGGUGUUCGCUGCGAGGCGUGCUGUUGUUCGGUGUCUGUGAUGUUCUGCUCUUCCAAUCUGAAGUCGGUGGAUCGUUGGGAAUGUUCAGUCUAUUUUUGAGGACCAGGCAACGCUGCUGCACCGUGCCUAGUGUCUAUCUGGGCGGCGGAUGGGUUGGAAUGCCUGAAUGGAAGAAGCCAGGAACGGCGCCAGUUUAGCGCCUCUCAGAAGCGGAAGCGGGUCCUGUGAUAGGACGGGGCGGCACGUGGUGUGACGGGUGAUGCGAUGGCCCAAUGCAGGCUUGAGAACGUUCCAUCCGGCGCGUCGAAGCCCGUGCGAAGGGUAUAUAUAUCAUUCCAUGCUGCGAUGUCUGCGCCCGAUCGCCCCCCAUCACACGCACCAGUGCAUAGCUCGUCUGGCAGCACCGUCGACACGUCCCCAUCCCCAUCAUAAUUCACCGUCGUAUCGCCAUCAUCCACCCCAGUGCCGCCCACGGCGGUCUCCAUCGCUCAGGAACCUUUCCCCCCCUCUCUCUCGCUAGCAAGCAACCUGGUCACACUCAGCCCCCCUGCGUCCGGGGCGAGCAAACUGCCAUUCCUGAUCGAAACACCGACGCGACAGUGCGUGCGUGCGUCCGAGAUUGG